AUGUCUCAGAUCUCAAGCCUAAAGUUUUGGAUGGCAAAUUUGGCAAAACUAGAGUUUGCUGCCUUGGACCUUUAUGGGGACAACUUUUUAUCAUGGGUCCUGGAUGCCAAAAUUCAUCUACGAGCCAAUGGCCUCGGACAAACAAUUGUAGAUGAGAAUAAUGCUUCGCCUGAAGAGAAUGCGAAGGCCAUGAUCUUUCUUCGCCGCCACAUCCAUGAGGCGCUGAAAAGCGAUUAUGUGGUGGUUGAUGAACCGUUGCAAUACAGACAUAGCAGUUUCAAGAAGUACUCUGAACUUGUAUCUUGCCUCUUGUUAGCUGAGCAGAAUAAUGAGCUAUUAUUAAAGAAUCACCAAUCUCGCCCAACGGGCUCAGCGCCACUUCCUGAAAUAAAUGCUGCAUCUCAGGAAGUGAAUGCCACUUCAUCUCGUGGUAAUAUCCACAAACGGGGGCGAUGGGGCAAGCGUGGCCACUGGCAAGGAAAUAGAAAAAAUCGUGGUGCUCGUUCAGAGGGUUUAGGUCCAAGGAGUGGUCCAUCCACGAACGGCAAAAAUGCAUCCCGUAAUAAGGGAAAGGCACAGAUGAGCCAUGUGCCUAGAAAUGUUGAUAGCCCUUGUCACAGAUGUGGUGCAAAGGGACAUUGGCUGAAGUGUUGUUUCCUUAAUGUACUAUAUGCAUUAGCUGAAGUGUUGUUUCCUUAA